UUUGCAUUCAGUCAGUCGUUCGUUGUCUUGUUUUCUGUAUGUAGACAUGGCUUCGUCUUCUCCACCAUCGACACCACCAGCACUGACGCCGGAUGACACUGGCUCAGCUUCUACAGACUCUCAAAGUCAUGCAGAAGCAGCAGUCAAGAACUUGAAAACGCGUCGUUCGACCGCUUUCUACCCUAACAUGAACUCUGCCAACAAACCAGUGAAGCCAUUUAGCAGAAGCGCAGCAAAACGUCAGAGCGUCAUGACACUUGGAAGCAUAGAACAUCUUCAGCACUAUUUCACAAAGACAGGCAUCGUCGCCAAGCCCAACCCAUCGAAGAAGCUUAGCAAUCAACUCGUCCCAGCUCUUGGUGGAAUUUCUGCAGCAAAAUCCGCUAAAGCGUCAUUAGGCAGUCUAUUGGAGUUUGAGUUGCCCCCAUCACCAACUAUUCCGCAGAUCCAGCAGCCGGCUUUCCCUCCGUUUGUGAAGACAUAUGAAACGGACCCUGAAGCGUUCCUUCCAGGCGUCGUACAAGACCUCAUGGUUGUUGCAGACGCGUGGGGCUUGUCAAGUAGUAAAAAUGACGGUCCGAGACGCGAUCCUGAUCUCCUUAGCCCGCACACGUCCAAUACUCCCCGAGAUCGCUUGGAUAUUCUCAACUUGCUCAAGAUCACCACGCGCGCCAUUCGUUCAGUGCGCAACUACGUGAUCACAUUACCUGACGAUUCCGCUGGAACUCUCCGCAGCCAGUACCGCAACAAGGUCACGGCAAGUUCACCCCACCCGAAAAGAAACGCACCGCACCAGAAAGCCCAGGCAGAUCCCCUGUCACUUAUCCGCAAGUCUGCGUUGGAAGUUUUGGCUGUUCUUCGCGAACUCGAAGAACGCUCACGCGUACCUCUAUCCGACGAAGCUUAUGACGUGCAAAGCGAUCACGGUUCUAUUCCUGAUCACGGUGGUACAUCACCAUCGCGUGUGGCAUCACCCGCUGCGCUUUCAGACAUGUCUCAUGAUCACGAUCACGACCUUCCUAUAGAUCCAGACAUGUCGAUUUCUUUCGUGCACGUACAAGGUCGACAGGAAUCCGUGCCGGUGUGGGAGGAUGACUACUAUGACUCGAUCAUGAAUGAAGAGGAAGGGGAAAAGAGACAUCACUGGGACGACCGUUUGGUACUGGGCGGGGGCUGGCUGUACAAGCAAGACAUGACGCUGACUGACUUAGCGAAAGAGGAGGAAGUCGUGCGGCGGUAUGUGGACGUGGUAGAUGAUGUUCUAUUCGGAGAAGUCAAAGAGGGCAAAAGAGGCUGGGAACGAGAACACGAGAGGUUUGUAAAGAAAGAGAAAGAGAGCCGGUUGAAGAGUAGGCGCGUUAGCGCGGGUGACGCAGAUCCUUUUCGGUCUUCGUCCUCGCCUCCAUCGUCCAGGCGGGUGGUAUCGACCGGUUUGCUAGAUUCAAUGCAGAGACUUACCAUGAUGGAAGAGAAUGAGGAAAUGACAACUCUUUCUGAGGAGGAAAGCGUGGAUGAAGAUGAUUUACCCGAGUGGGCGAUGCGUGGAUCCUUUGCUGAACACCCAUUGGGCCGAGCACAUGCCCUCAUCUACACUCUGCUUCCGGAACACCUUUGUUCGUUGCUACCACCUGCGACAGAUAGAAACGCGUUCCUUCUCGCACUUUCGUCCGGCCAGUUUCUGUGCAUAGCAUACAACACCGGAGUCCGGUGGUCACGUAAGCCCUGGGGUUUUAUUUCGCCCGAUUCUAUCCAUGAUAUCGUGGCACUGGAAGCUGUGGAAGACGAGAAAGAAAAAAGUAAGACUGGCUGGACGUUUAGACGAACAGAUAACCUUCGAUUGUGGGCUGCCGCACUAAAAAUUCGAUAUCUCCUACCAAUGAUCGUACCCUCCGCACCCAGCCAGAUAGAUCACCAACUCAAGCCUUCACAUAGCACGCCAGCAAACUCCCCUUCGAAGAUACGGUUCCCCUCCACAGAACCCCCGAUCAUCUUCGAUCCUCGCCUCGUUGCGCGCAAGGAUGAGGGGUGGGAAACGAUGCUCCAAGAUACCCUGCUUAGAUGGGUGGAAGUCGUUGUUGAUGAGCGAAGAGGCGAGCGGUAACUUGGCUCUUCUCUCAUCUCCGUUCAUCCUUCCUCUUUUCUCGCGUGGAUCCUUCGUUAUUUGGGCUUUUGGCAAUUUUAUUUCUAUUCCCUCAAGACUUCAUGAAUAAUCAUACUAUUUCAAUCACACCAUGCAUCUAUAUCCCUAUUACUACCUGCUCUCUUAGCUACUCUAUUGCAGCUGUUUACUGUAGAUGGAUAUCGCAUACAUACCUACUCAAAACACCAUCACGAUGUACCUCAUUUAUU